UGCUUCAGUUGAUGUAAUGUACCAGAAAUUUUUCUUUCAAUCCCAUGAAGCAGACAGGUUUCUUGGGCUGCAUGUGCUAUCUGCUCUCUUUGUAUUUUCUCACAAAGUCUCCUUCUCUUUUUGUCUGAUUCUUGCACGCUUUUCCUCUCAACCAAAAGUCAGACAAUUAGACUAAUUUAAAAAAAGUUAGGCCCCAAGAGCUGAUUCAGAAUUCUUGAAAUAUGUCAGUUCAAGAACCACCAAAAGGGUCAGACUCUUUUACUAAUUGUUUCUUUUUCCUAAGGCUCUUUAGUCGCAUGAAACGGCUCCCCCGUUUAAAGGCGGCCGAGAAACAGUGCGAACCGCCACAGCAGGCGGAGAAACCUAUAGAUAUGGAUAUGGAUGCAUGUAAAGAAGCCAGGAUUGAAGUGGGCACAGGAGGAAAUUUAAAGGGUCGUGAUGAUUAUGUUAAUGAUGGUUGGGUGGUUGCCUUGCGAAAGUCUGUGAAGAUGCUUCAUUUCGGGAGCUGGGAGGAGAAAGAAGCGGCGGCGAAAGAGAUAAAGAGGCUGGCGGAAGAAGACUUGAAGCGGCGGAAAACCAUGGCUGAGCUCGGUGUUAUCCCGCCGCUGGUUGCCAUGGUUGGCUCGGAGGUGGUGGCGCGUCAAAGACUGGCUGUUGGGGCGUUGAUUGAGCUCGCUAAUGGCUCUUUCACGAAUAAGGCUCUCAUGGUGGAGGCAGGAAUCUUGUCAAGAUUACCCCAGAACGUCACCGUCUUGGAGGAAACAUCAAAGCAAGAAUUUGCGCGGCUCCUCUUGUCUAUAUCAGCCCUGGCCAACAGCAAAUUCUCCCUCACCUCAGCAAGAAUUAUUCCCCUGGUACUCUCCAUUCUUGAGUCCUGUUCAAGUAUUGAGACCAAAGAAUUAUGUUUAAGCACCUUGCACAAUCUGUCUUCAGUUCUAGAUAAUGCUGGAAGUUUGAUCGCAACAGGGGUUGUCGACAAUUUAAUUAAGCUGUCCUCAGAGAAAGAAUUAUCAGAAAAAGCCUUAGCAACCUUAGGAAACUUAGUUGUAACGUUACCGGGAAGGAAGGGGCUUGAGCAUAAUGCUACGGUGCCCGAGUGCUUGAUAGAGAUCAUGACGUGGGAAGAGAAGCCCAAAUGCCAAGAACUAUCGGCUUACGUUUUGAUGAUUUUGGCUCAUCAGAGCUCCUUGCAAAGGCAGAAAAUGGCAAAGGCUGGAAUCGUUCAAGUUCUUCUUGAAGUAGCAUUACUGGGCAGUCCAUUGGCUCAGAAAAGAGCUCUGAAGAUACUACAAUGGUUUAAGGACGAAAGGCAAAUGAGAGUGGGGGCUCAUUCGGGGCCGCAGGUGGGGAGGAUACUGAGUGUUUCACCCCUCAGUCAGAGGGAUGUUGAUGAAGGGAAGAAAUUGAUGAAGAAAAUUGUGAAGCAGAGCUUAUACAAGAACAUGGAAACGAUUACUCGUCGAGCCAACGGAGCUGAGGAUUCUUCAAAGCUUAAAGCUUUGGUGAUUAGUUCCAGUUCUAAGAGCUUGCCUUACUAGAGAUUGGCAAUGGUCCAGUACAGGAUGCAAUUUUUUUUUUCAUUUUUCUUUGGAAAAUGGUAAAUAUAUGUAUAUGGAGGAAUAAGGUAGCAUCUUUAACAAAGGAAAGAAUUCAGCCUCCUGUUACCUUGCACUUCUUGUGCAACCAAACGUUUGUUGAUUUUGAAUGUAAAUCAUGGGAUUUGUUCA